AUGUUCAACACCGUUAUUCGUCGUGCCUACACCACCAAGGCUCUCAUUCCUCCCAACGUUGCUGCUGCCACCAAGGUCUCUGGCUCUGGUGCCAAGGACGCACAACUUGCUCAACUCGUUGCCUUUUACAAGAACUUGCCCAAGGGUGCUUCUGAGCCUGCCAAGCCCUCUGGUCUCUGGGGUCGUUACAAGGCUCGUUACAUUGAUGGCGACAAUGCCUCUGUUACCCCCUUGCUUCACCUCAUUUUCGGUGUCUUCGUCGCUGGCUACACCAUCGACUACCACUUCCACUUGAAGCACCACAAGAACGUUGAGCACCAUUAG